UAUAGAUAUAUUUGAUGAACAAAAAUGUUUCUUAUGCAAAGUCGCCAUGUCAUUGGGAAAUUAAAUUUGUUAUCAAUCCAAUGAUGAUUCAAUGAGGCAUAGAAACAUAUAAUAUUCAUGUAAUGGUUCCCCUUUGAAAGCACUCUCAGGGACAAAUAUACAAUUGUCUUAAUGAUCAGACGUCAGAACAGAUUAUAUCUAUCUUGUCUCGAUCUAAUGCCUUUCGCUCCUGACCUUUUUCUCUUCCUUGAUUUCAUUUCGAAUGAAGAGACAUCUUUAAGAGAAACUUUUGUGUAUUCAUUGUCGAUAAAUACCUAUAUUAUAUUCUACUAAAAAAGAUGACAGCUAUGGCAACCACAGCUAGUAUUCAAGGGGAUGAAGAUUUUGAAGAAUAUAAUCCACAGGCAAAAUUAAUAAAAACUCUUGAGGGAAAUGGCAUAACAGCAGCCGAUAUAAAAAAGUUAGAAGAAGCUGGUUAUUACACCGUGGAAGCUGUAGCUUACGCACCGAAAAAGUGUCUAAUUGCUAUCAAAGGUAUUAGUGAGGCCAAAGCGGAUAAAAUUUUGCAAGAAGCUUCAAAACUUGUUGUAAUGGGAUUUAAAAGUGCUACUGAAAUUCAUCAAAUUCGUUCUAAUAUUGUUUUUGUGACGACUGGUUCCAGUGAAUUGGACAGAUUAUUAGGAGGUGGUAUUGAGACUGGUUCUAUUACAGAAAUAUUUGGAGAAUUUAGAUCAGGAAAGACACAGUUAUGUCAUACUCUUGCUGUUAAUUGUCAAUUACCAAUAGAUAUGGGUGGUGCAGAAGGAAAAUGUCUUUACAUAGACACAGAAGGAACUUUUAGACCUGAAAGAUUAAUUGCUGUAGCUGAAAGAUAUAAAAUAGCAGGAGAUUCUGUAUUAGACAAUGUAGCAUGUGCUAGAGCUUAUAAUACAGACCAUCAAACUCAAUUAUUAAUUCAGGCUAGUGCUAUGAUGACAGAAUCUAGAUAUGCAUUAUUGAUAGUAGAUAGUGCAACUAGUUUAUACAGAACUGAAUAUUCUGGAAGAGGAGAACUAGCUGCUAGACAAACACAUUUAGGUAGAUUUCUCAGAAUGUUACUUAGAUUAGCUGAUGAACAUGGUAUUGCUGUUAUCAUAACUAAUCAAGUUGUGGCACAAGUUGAUGGUGCAGCUAGUAUGUUUGGUGGUGAUCAAAAAAAACCAAUUGGUGGUCAUAUUAUAGCUCAUGCAAGUACUACAAGAUUAUAUUUACGUAAGGGUAGAGGUGAAACUAGGAUAUGCAAAAUUUAUGAUUCACCUUGUUUGCCUGAAAGUGAAGCAAUGUUUGCAAUAAACGCAGAUGGUAUUGGUGAUGUCAAAGAAUAACAGUAUUAAACACUUAUGUUUCUGCUAUAAACACUUAUGUUUAUUGAAAGAGUUAUUUUAAAAUGUACCUUCCUUCUAUAAAAUAUAAAUUAGCUUUUGUAUUUAAUUAAAAUUAGGUAUACAUAAUUUGUUUUAUUAUACAAAAAGUAAUGUAAAGUUAGAAAUAGUUAAAUAGUUAUUGUGUAAUAUAUGAUAAAGUCUAAUGAAAAAAAAAUAUAUAUGAUAGAGGUACAUAUAUGAUAGGCAUACAUAAAAGUAAUAUAUCAAAUAUAUAUAGUAGCAAUUAAUAAUAUGUCUAUAUUUUUAUAAAUAAGCUAAAAUUUUUAUAUGAAUAACAUGUGCCUUCAAAAAUGAAAAUAAAUUACUUGAAACUUUCACAAAAAA